CUUGAUUGGUUGACGGAAGAGCUGAUUUACCUGACUGUGGGUUUUGAGAGGGGACGGGGUCAAUGGUUCUAUUUACCAGAGAUUACAGGAGGGGCAGUGAUUGAGUAAUUCUGUGUGUGGGAGAGAGGAAGAGAGAGAGAGGAUAAGUGGGUGUGGUUACAGUAGCAAGGUAUAAGAAGUCACUCCAAACUUCUCUGACCAUCUCUUGGUGUUCAUCGCGGACCCUCACCAUGAAGUACUGUGCGCUGUUUGCGUUGUUGGCGUUUGGGUGUGUGCUUAUCCACGGUGCACCAGUGGAGCAGGCUGCCGUGGAGCAGGGGUCAUGUGAUGACGCACAGGCCAAGUUUACAGCAGAGCUGGCUCUCAACAAGAUAAACCAGGACCGGCAGGAAGGUUACAUCUUGGCACUGCACCGCCUGUCCAACGUACAUAUGAAGACACAUGCAGAGACUGGUGUGGUGUUCUACCUGACCAUGGAUGUUGUGGAGACCAACUGCAGCGUUCUCAGCAAGAGGGACUGGAAAACCUGUGAGGCUCGUCAAACAUCAAACACACCGGUUUAUGGUCAGUGCAAAGUUGCCAUCUACACCAACAGGCCACAGAGAGUGGUGCGUCUCUACAAAUACAGCUGUGAUAUUAGACCAGUUCCUUCAGCUAAGGUGGCUGAAAUGUGCCCAGACUGUCCGAGUUUUGUCGGCAAAGACAACGCUGAGGUCCUGAAGGCUGUGACUAUCUCUCUGGAUAAGUUCAACAAGGAGAGCGGACUGAACAAGCGCUUCGCUCUGCUGAAAAUUGAACGUGCAACUUCUGGGAUGGCCAUGGCUAUGUAUUACAAUGCAGAGUACAGCAUCCAGGAGACCACCUGCUCCAAGAGCGCAGCAGCUGAUAACUGCCCACUCAUGAGCUGCGAGUUUGCUCACAAGGGCUUCUGUAAGGCCUCCCUCUUCUACUCUCCCAGUGGUGAUCCUGACACCUCUGUAGAGUGUGAGAUUUUUGAGCCUGAGGCCGCUAAUAGAGAGAAGACACUGCACGACAAGGCUGAAGAGACUGACCAUGCCCACACUGACUCAGCAACACACAACCACGACCAUGACCACGCACAUCCUGUUGACCAAGCACACGCCCACGACCACAUGCACGACCACACAAAGAGCCACACUCAACAUGUUGCAACCCACACACAUGGCGCCAACAGCGACCACCAUCACACACAUGACCACGCAGCAGGCAGUGGCCACAGCCACGCUCAUGCACACUCCCACGACCAUGGGCACAGUCAUGACCACGUGCACGAUCAUCACGCCAAAGCACAUGACCAUGGAAGCGAUGUCCCCAACCAGCACCAUGACUACAAGCAUGUUGAUGGCGCUCACACCCAUGAGCAUGACCAUGAGAUUGCUCUGGACCACGACCACAAGCACGCCCACCUGCAUAUGCACGAGCACCACCAUCAUCACCACGAUCACAACCAUGAACACAACCAUGACCACCCAGAGGGCAUGGUGAGGGUGCUGCCCUCCAUGGACCAGCCCAUGACCCUGCCAUCUUUCCCUGAUGUCCCCGCUGGUGGCCCUGAAGUGGGAGUCACUCUACCCCUCAAGCCUGACCCCCAGAUCCCUGGAGUGAUGGAACCCUUCAUUGAUGCCUUCCCCACCACAGUCUCAGCCCAGUGCUCGCCUCCCCCAAUCGGAGAAACCCUGGUGGAGAAAGUUUUUGCUGAAGACCCCAUGUUCAAGCCAGCUGCAUAAAGUGGCCAUGGAAGUCACUCAAAAACUGAGCAGAUAUUACAGACUCAAGUUUAUCAAGCAGGAAAAUAUCUCUCACACUGAAAGAGAAUGUACCACAUUUUGGCUGCUGCCCUGGGCCAUACUUUGACAAAAUUAUUGUGUUUUACAAGCACAUACAAUACACUAGUAAUACACCUUUCUCUCCAUAGAUAACAAAUCACAGUAUGGCUGCAUCUUUCACUUUUCUCAAAUUCAACUCACUGUAAAAUCAAACUGGCAAACAUAGCUCUCCAUGUUUGUAUGUCUAUCUAUGGUGGACUACAUAAAAUAAUAAAUUAUACCACAAAUAAUCA